AUGACGACAGUACAGUAUGAAACAACUGUGGGUUCUCUGAGUGCAGGGCCCUGGGCGACUGUGCAGGUCGCAGGCCUCACCCACACCUUCAUGUUGAAAAUUGUGUUUGUCUUGUUCCUGACUGCAACGUCAGCUUCCUCUUCCCCUGCAGUGGGGCCCAGACCCAGCUUCCUGGCUUAUGACUGUCUCACCCUUUCCAGGUUGGAUUGGCAUAAUCUGAUCCCUCCAUGGCUAAGACAUCGCCAGUUAGGGCUACAGGCGAAAGGCCAGAACUUCAUGCUGGAGAGCUCUACCUUCUGGAUCUUCGGGGGCUCUGUGCACUACUUCCGGGUGCCCAGGCAGUACUGGAGGGACCGCUUGCUGAAGCUGAAGGCCUGUGGCUUGAACACCCUCACCACCUAUGUUCCCUGGAACCUCCAUGAGCCGGAAAGAGGCAAAUUUGACUUCUCUGGGAAUCUGGAUCUGGAGGCCUUUAUCUGGAUGGCUGCGGAGCUUGGACUGUGGGUGAUUCUGCGUCCAGGGCCCUAUAUCUGCAGUGAGAUUGACCUUGGGGGCUUGCCCAGCUGGCUACUCCAAGACCCUAACAUGAAGCUGAGAACCACAUACAAGGGCUUCACCGAGGCCGUGGACCUUUACUUUGAUCACCUGAUAGCCAGGGUGGUCCCACUCCAGUACAAGCUUGGGGGACCCAUUAUUGCCGUGCAGGUGGAGAAUGAAUAUGGCUCCUAUAACAAAGACCCAGCCUACAUGCCUUACGUCAAGAAGGCCUUAGAGGAUCGAGGCAUUGUGGAGCUGCUCCUGACCUCAGACAACAAGGACGGCCUGAGCAAGGGAGUCAUCCACGGAGUACUGGCCACCAUUAACUUACAGUCACAACAAGAGCUACACUUACUAACCACGUUUCUCUUAAAUGCGCAGGGAAUUCAGCCCAAGAUGGUGAUGGAGUACUGGACAGGCUGGUUUGACUCCUGGGGCGGCCCUCACAACAUCCUGGAUUCUUCUGAGGUUUUAAAAACUGUGUCUGCCAUCAUUGAUGCUGGCUCUUCCAUCAACCUCUACAUGUUUCACGGAGGAACCAACUUUGGCUUCAUCAACGGAGCCAUGCAUUUUAAUGAAUACAAGUCUGACGUCACCAGCUAUGACUAUGACGCAGUUCUGACAGAGGCUGGGGAUUACACAGCCAAGUACUUCAAGCUUCGAGAAUUCUUUGGCUCCUUCUCAGGUGCCUCUCUCCCCCCACCACCUGACCUUCUUCCCAAGACUGCAUAUGAGCCACUGAUGCCAGCCUUCUACCUGUCCCUGUGGGAUGCCCUGAAGUACAUGGGGGAGCCAGUCAAGUCUGAGAAUCCACUAAAUAUGGAGAACCUGCCGAUAAAUGAUGGGAAUGGACAAUCCUUUGGGUACACUUUGUAUGAGACCACCAUCGCCUCAUCUGGUGUCCUCAGUGGUCUUGUGCGUGACCGGGGACAGGUGUUUGUGAAUACAGUAUCCAUAGGAUACUUGGACUAUAACAACAAAAAGAUUGAUAUUCCCUUGGUCCAGGGUUACACUGUGCUGAGGAUCUUGGUGGAGAAUCGUGGGCGUGUCAACUACGGGGAAAAUAUCAAUGACCAGCGCAAAGGCUUAAUUGGAGACCUCUAUCUAGAUGGUUCUCCCCUGAAAAAAUUCAGAAUCUACAGCCUGGAUAUGAAAAAGAGCUUCUUUCAGAGGUUCACCAUCAACAAAUGGAACACUCUCCCAGAAGUACCUACAUUCCCUGCUUUCUUCUUGGGUGGCUUGUCAGUUGGUCCGUCCCCUUCUGACACCUUUCUGAAGCUGGAGGGCUGGGAAAAGGGGGUUGUAUUUGUCAAUGGCCUAAACCUUGGACGAUACUGGAACAUUGGACCCCAGGAGACCCUCUACCUCCCAGGUGCCUGGUUGGACCCAGGUAUCAAUCAGGUCAUUGUGUUCGAGGAGAAGAUGGCAGGCCCAGUGAUACAGUCCACGGAAACACCCCACCUAGGCAGGAACCAGUACAUUAACUGAGCGGCCCCAGCCAUCCUCUGCUGACUAGAGGGUGGAGGGCUGCUCCUUCACACCCUCCCAUGCAGGAUAGCAUCCUCAAGUAGCACCCUCGGAGCUGAGUGGCUCCUUCUUAAUCAGCUGCCUCCACUCCAGACCCUGCACCUUGAAGGACUGAAGAAGAGGGGUGAGGCGAGGGGGACCUUUCACACCUAGGGGUUUGUGGGAGUGCUGUCCUGACUCCUCAUCUUCUGGGUGAAGACAGAGUAAUGGGGACUUCAAUGAGAUCAUGUGUGGUGAACGCCUGGGCCUGCACAGAAGGACAUGGAGAUGAGUUGGGAUAAGCCCCUGGCACAGGAAGUCACAGCUAACACAAAUAUGUUCUUUUGAUGGAGUCUUCUCAACUGGGCUUGGCCACACCUCUUGCAGCCCCUUUUCUGUCCUGAGAUAGUGGGCCUGAGGCCAUUUGUUAGAGGGUGGGGGAGGGGAGAAUGUCACAUUCAUGCUUGCUUUGUUUCUUCUUCAUAACCCCCUUCAUCUUCCCCGGGGUUCUGGACACGCUCUUUGAGAGGUACACACCUUUUCUCCUUGUUCCCACUCUGCUCUGACAGGACAAACCAGGGCCUCAGAGAGACAGAAAUACCUAGCCACUUCUUUUCCUGAUCAAUCUUUCUAGCUUUGCUCAAUGAGAAUACAGGAGAAUAAACUGAGGAGGAAAUACAGAUCCUAACAGGAAUGGCCCCUCAUAUCUGACCCCCCCCCAAGGAUACUCAGCUGGCACUGGGCAGGGGGCCUCCCUGGGAAUGUUGGGGUAGCCAUGGCCCGAAGGCCCACUCAGGCCUGUCUCCCAGCUUCUGUCUCCUCUUCUGCCUCCUGUAACCAAACAGCUUGGGAGGAAGAGACAGCCUUCUCCACAAUCAUCUCCAUAUUCCAAGUUUGAGGUGCUCGUUCUGGGGAUCUAGUGCAGUGGGCUGGUGUAGGUUCGUUGUUCUGAAUUGCAAUAAAGUGAUAGAAUUAGCCAAGCCUUCUUUGGUGAGAUGUCUUUGAUCUCGUCUGUGCUGCUGUUAGCCAGAGGAGAAGGCAGUUGGGUCAGGCAGACAUUUGGCCCAGCUGGUGCUCAUGUAUUCAGAAACUGACUACCCCAUUAGUGGCUGAGUCAUGCUCCUGUUGUACCAUGCCCUCCUGACCUCACCUCCCCUUGCAGUGCUACUAUGGAUUGGAGGUGACCCUGGAGAGGAGAGGUCAGAUACAGGUUUACUCUAGGUGCUGUGGGGAGGGUGAUAGGAACCUUUCGGACAGUCAAGAGCUGAGUUAGCUCCAACAGUGAGUUUUUCUGUACAAACUACACUGACUUCUAUCGCCAGAAAUAGAUGAUCUUCAGUGAUAGUCAAAGUCCAAUAGUAGACA